UCCAAUUAGCAGCAAGGAAAGAGAAAAGCAGAAUGGCAGCAAAGAAAAUGUUGAGUACUGCAGUUCCAUCUUAAUUAAAAGUAAUCCCUUCUUAGUACUUUCCAUUUAAUGUCCAUGGAUAUUUUCCACAAAAACAUUGGGAGCUUUCACACAUCCUAACAUAUGAAAUGUAAUGUAAUACAGUUCUGACUUGUUAGACACAACACUGGGAUAUAAAUCAAUACCUGAGCUGAAUAUUUCCUUGUAAAUAUAAAUUCAGUUUAUACACAUAGGUUAAGGGUACAUAGUGACUCAGCCCUUAUUUGAUGGAAGACCUUUUGACUAACUUCAGGUCAAAAGGUUAAGAUUCGUUUGUUUUGGAAGAGUUUCAUGCUAGAUCAAAAUUGUGUCUCAAGUAUAUCUCACUUUGAGAUUUUGGAGCUGAAUAUGUAAUUGUAGUGAAAAUUCAUAGGACAUCCAUACUAAAAACCAGAAUUUACACAAAUACACAGAAAUUUUAGAUAAGUCAGUCUCAAAGAAAAAUGAGAAAAGGAACUUUACUAUCACAACAGAAACCUGGGAGGAUAUGUGGUUUAAUGUGAAAGAUACUUCAAGUUUUUUAUCCCUGUGAUACUUCCAGAAUAAGAUAUUAAACAGGUACAACUGAACUCUAGAACAUUUAUUUAAGGCUAGAUUGGCAACUCACAACUGUUGGAGAUGCAAUAGCCACAUGCCAACCUUUCACACAUCCUCUACACCUGUCAAAAAUGCAGGUGUUCUGGAACACCAUACACAGUGCUCUCUCUAAAACUGUGUCACUAUUUUUCCUUUUCCAAGCUUGUGUGUUCUUGGGGUACUGGAUGAGUUGAUUAUACUUGAAAUGGUAAUCCAUCAAGAAAUAGAUUGCAGGAACUAUUUUAGUGGCCAAAAGAGUUAUUCUGAGAAAAUGGAAGUCUGCAUUUAGGCGGUCUGGCUUAGUGACCUCUUUAUUAAGGCAUUAAUUGAAAAAAUGACUGUCUAACAGAAACACUUGGAAAAACUAUAAUGAUAUUUGAUCACACACAAAACUACUGCAUACUUUUGCAGUUUAGUAUAUAUUAGUCCCCAGUACUCAUAGGAUAUGUGGUCAUUUAUUUAUCUGUUUAGUCACUUUAAUAAUGGAUGCCCUGAAUGACCUCUACAAGUUCAGGGUUUUGUGUGUGUGUGUGUUUUAAUUCCAGGCUUUCCAAAUAAUGAAGGUUUAAUAUUGUUAUUUAAAUCAUAUUUCCAUCUUGUACAUAUAUGUAUAUAAGUUCUGUUAUGUUUAUAUUUUACACAAAGACUAGGUUAAAAAAAAAGCACUCAGUAUGCCUCUUCUGCUGCCCCUCCUUCUCUUUGCCAGCUUUAGAAGUCCAGAAAACUUCUACCAAUGGAGCAAGAUUCAUGCAAAUACUAUUUAUUUUAUUUUGUUGGUUUAGGGAGAGCACACACCACUGCUACCAAGCUUAUUACAACACAGGAUACUGAUCUUAAUGACAGUGAAAUAUCACGAGAUUAAGCAGAAUAUUUCUGUUGGAGGGGGGCUGAAGGGAGAAGAGGCCCUGCCCAAAUCAAGGACACGCCCUCCCCAAUAGUACUCCCCUACUCUUCUGGAACUGAAAGAAGCGAUGGCCGUUGCCUUACCUCCUACCUGUAAAUAAGAGCACCUGGCCAGAGACCAGCGCUGUGUGGUUACGCUUCAGAUCAGAGAUCAGUUUGAUAUUUUAACAAUCUGACAGUGAAAACCACAACACAGGAGUAACUUAUGACUGAGGUCCCACAAAGUUGUGCAUUGUCAAGUAAUGUCCCAGCAGGCUCUAUGCAGGUGACGCCAGCACAAAAGUCCACUGAAUCAUGGUGUCAGCAGGAGCAAGCAGAAUGGGAAAACAUAAACAAAUUAUUAGUGCGACAUGGCUUAAAACCUGUGUGUCUUGCUAAACCAAGAAACAGCAGAAAUCUGUCAGAUACGAUUGUUUUAGACAAGCAGUCUUCACUGGGGAUAAGACUUGCAUUGAAAACACUGGUGGAUGACACUGAACGUCAACAGAAAAUGAUACAUGGCCUUAUAGAGGCUAAUCGCCAGCUUAGGGAUGAUAUACGCCAGGAGAGAGGUCGGGCAUGUCGACAGGAACAACGAGCCAAAGAGUUGGAAAAUGUUGUGGAGAACAUCAAAUCCAAAAUUUGUCAGCUGGAAGAUGAGUGUAUAGCUAAAGUUUGCCAGCAACAGAAUCAAGUGAAAGAACUUCAGAAAGAUCAGCAAGCUUCACAGACAAAGUACCAUCACCAAAAUGAAAAGUUGCAUGAACAGGAAGAGACUAUUGCACGUUUGCAGAAGGAGCUCCAUAAGGUUGGGAUGGAAGAGCAGCAGCGUGUUGCCACGCAGAACAAAAUAUUCUGCCAGUUUUGCAAGCAAGCCCCAAAGUCUCUCUUGGAUCAACAGUUUCUUAGUCUAAUUGAUUAUUAUGAAUCUCAGAUUAAUCAAAUGAAAAGGGAGCUAAGCAGAUAUAAAAAAGAUACAGAUCAUGUACAAGGAGAAGGAAAAGGCAAAGAAGAAUUCUUAAAUCUAGAUGCCACACCUAACUAUAGAGCAUUGCUUACGUCUUUCCAGAAUCAGCUCAUUGAGGCAAAAGCCAGGAAUGAACAACUUAUGUGUGAAAAUACAGAUCUCAAGAAAGAUUUGGAAAUAAGACCAACUGCACAGGAAUUCAAACUUUGCAAGCAGCAAGUGAAGAAAUUGGAGAAAAUGCUAAAGAAAAAUAUCAAAUCAUAUGGGAUUAUUAGGGGAGAAAAGGUAAAAGCAAACAAUGAAUCUGAGAGUAUGACAGGAGAAGAUCAGCUACAAGCAGGUUGCAGGAGAUACUUACAGGUGCUGUCCAAGAUUGAUUCUGUUAUAAGUAGUCCAAGAGCUCCUCUGGUAAUAUAUAAACGGAGUAAAGGUCCAGUCCAAAAUUACAUGAAAGAGAAUGGACAAGAAUGUGGUUUUGAACACCUUCCUCCUACAGUGGAAAUGUGGGCAGACCAGCUAAUGUCCCUAAAGGACUUGCAUGGAUCCCUGAGAAAGCUAUCAGUGGAGUUGGUGCCCUGGCACACUGUAGACACACCUAACAUCACUGAAUGCGUUCGAGUUGAAGACCUACAGUUCAUAGUAGAUACAAUCUUGGAAGAAGUAGAAAAUAAGGAAAAGAACGGCCAGAUGCCUUCAUUACAAACAUUGUACGCAAUUGUGUCUCACUUCCAAAAGUUGUUUGACGUGACUUCUCUGAAUGGAGUUUAUCCGCGAAUGAAUGAAGUUUACACAAAGCUUGGAGAAAUGACCAAUGCUAUGAGAAACCUCCAGGAGCUCUUAGAACUAGAUCAUUCAGCCCCACCCGCUGUACUGGUGAACACUGUUGGAAAGCUAUGUACGGUAAUUAAUGAAAAUGUGACUGGACAGGUAGAGCAGCUGCUGGGGACCCAAGACAUCCAAAGUAUUAUCAACAAACUGGAAGAACAUGAAGACUUCUUUCCAGUAUUUCAAGCACUUAUUCAAGAUUUACUGUGUGUUUUAGCUCACAAAGUGGCUAAAAUGUCUCAAAAGGGAAUUAAUUAUACAAAGCCACAGACUCCUAUAGGCCAGACCUUAGCUGAUGGCAGUACUGGCUCUCAUACACUUUUCCGGCCUCCUAAUGAAACCAUCCGUGCACGGAUUGUGAAAACUGUUCAAAGUUAUUCCAUUUUCAAAAGUGGCUGGGAAAACGUCAGCCAAACCUACUUGAUUUUUAAUCUGUUUGCAUCACUUCGCAAAGGUUUCACUUUAAUGUGUAUUACACUUGGAGCUCUAGCCUUACCUUUAAUGCCAAAUAUGCUUAUUGUACCUGAGUCAAGUGUAUUUUUCAAUGCUGGGAUGUGGGACUUACUACGUGAACCCUGUGGCGUGCCUUAAAUGCAUAAAGCUAAAUUCAGCCUUCGUGUAAGGAGAUGCAAUUCCCUUGAAAACCAAGGCAAAGAGAGCUGCAUCUGCUUACACAGAUCUGAUUUUGACUGAAAUGUUUACAAGAGUUCCCUGCUAAAUCCUUGGAGUUCGAGUCAGUGCUGUGGGCUGAGACCUCAAACAUUUCUUUGUACAUAGUAGAAGCCUAUAAAAAGAAGGGUGUCCAGGUAAAGCAAAAU